CGGUGCUGCCCGGUGCGGCCCCGUCCAGCCGCCGAGCAAGGAUGCUGGUGAAGGCGGAGGUCCUGGCGCCGCCCGCCGAGGACGAGCUGCUGCUGCUGGGGCUCGGCUCGCCCGCCCCCUCGCCCUCGCUGCCGUCCAGCGCCGAGGAGGAGGAGGAAGAGGAGGAGGAGGAGGAGGGGCUGCGCGCCGCCCCGCCGGCUCGCCCCGUCGAGGCUCCGGGCGGCCGCGGGCUGCGGCGGGCGGAGGGGAAGCGGCGGCCGGGCCGGUCCCGCGGCGCCCCGCGGGCGGCGCGCACGGCGGAGACGGCGCAGCGCAUCAAGCGGAGCCGGCGGCUCAAGGCCAACAACCGCGAGCGCAACCGGAUGCACAACCUGAACGCGGCUCUGGACGCCCUCCGCGACGUGCUGCCCACCUUCCCCGAGGACGCCAAGCUCACCAAGAUCGAGACGCUGCGCUUCGCCCACAACUACAUCUGGGCGCUCACCGAGACCCUGCGGCUGGCCGGGACGGCGCGGCUGGGCCCCGAAGGGGCGGCGGCAGCGGCGGUCCCCGCCGAGGGCAGCCCCUCGCCCGCCUCCUCCUGGAGCGGCGGCGCCGCCAGCCCCGCGCCCUCCGCCUCCCCGUACGCCUGCACUUUAUCGCCCGCCAGCCCCGCGGGCUCCGCCUCGGAUCCCGAGCACUGGCCGGGCCGCUUCGCCCCGGGGCCGCCGCUGCCCCGCCGCUGCCUCUAGCCCGGCCCGGCGCUCCCGGGGGCUCCCCCGGGGCGGCGGCAUCUGCCCGCUUCCCAGGGCAGGGCGGGCUGUGGGAACGGCACCUGCCAAACCAAACUUUCCGCCUCUCUCUCUCUCUCUCUCUCUCUCGCCGAUGUGCACUUUGUCCAGUUUUCCCAGAUCUGUCACCGCGGGGCUUUUGUGUGUGUGUCCCCCCCUUUCCCCGCUCCCCUCUUUGCCAUCUGUCCCUUAUGAUUUAUAGACGGGAGGGGGGUGCAAAGCGAGGGGAAAAAAAAAAAAGUAAAUUGUUUUGUUAGGGGUCCAGGUUAGAAGUCAUUGUAUA